AGAUACAAUCUGAAGAGCAAAAGGUACAAAAUUUAGCUUCAUCUUCGUCUUCGAUAAAAAAAAAACCCAAUUCCUUGCACAAAAAGCUACAAAAAAAACGAAAAAUCUCUACAGCGAUGUGUCGUCGAUUGAAUCCUAGGGUUCCUCAUCUUCUCCUUUCGUUUUUCUGUAGCUCGAUUCUUCUCAGCUCGCUUCCAGAAUUGAUUACAGCGGCGGUUGUAACACUAGAUUCGAUCGAGAUAUAUAAUACUCAUGAGUUUUUCGGAUCAUCACCGGAAGUUUAUUUUAAGUGUAAAGGUGAAAAUAGAACAAUAUAUUUGCCUGAUGUGAAGAAGAAACAUGAGUUGUAUAUCUUCAAGGGAGAAGAGUCUUGGCAGCCUCUGACAGAACUUGAAGAAAAGAAGUGCAAACGAUGUGGGAUAUAUGAGAAGGACUCAUUUAUAAAGCCUGAUGAUAUAUUUGAUGAAUGGGAGUUCUGUGCAUCUGAUUUUACUAGUGCUGAUGGGAAGUAUAUUCAUUUCAAGGAGAAAGAGUUCAAUGCCACAUUUUUGUGUCCAGACUGCGUCCCUCUUGAAGGUGCUUCUAAUCACGCCGAUGUCCCACGGAAUAAGGAAAAGGGAAUGCACUGGGCUCUAGUGCUGCUCAUCUGUGUGUUAGUGAUGACUUUUGUAGUUUUUGGAGCAGUAACUGCUUACAAAUAUUGGCAAAAGAGAAAGAAACAACAAGAGCAAGCUCGAUUCUUGAAGCUGUUCGAAGAGAGCGAUGACAUAGAGGACGAAUUGGGCAUUGGACCACUUAGUCAUGUCAUUUAGGUAGAAAAGAAAUGGUAUACCCUAAAACACUUGUACAUUGCUUUUUGGUUUCAAUCUUCUUCUUGGAGAGAACUAUUGAGACAGUUGUAUAGUGUAAACUUAACAGAGUGAAAAUAUGUAUAAAUUCAUUGUACUACAAGAGAAAACUCCAACCUGGUCCUUGUUCUUGUAA